AUGGCGCGAAAUUUAAGAUUUACAUUCUUUGAAUGUAGACGAUUUUUUGAUGCCUUGUUUACUAAUGAAACCGCGGUUAGUUUAAUUGAUCGGUUCAACAAUCGCUCCAAUUGCAGGAGCGGAAUAGCCAGAAGAUCACACCAUACUACAAGACUAAAAUACAUAUUAAUGAAUUGGACUGCUGACGCAUGAUCGCGCAUGAUAUUUUGUGAAUGUGCUGCAUUUGUAAACAAAUAUUACCCGAGAUAAGAUUGCAGAACCAGAGACGAUUUGGUCGAUUUGGACUUGGGACCAGCUUGGGACACAGGAAGCAUUAAUCGAUUUGAAGAGAAGCAAUAAUUUAUCUGUGUUUCAAAUCUGAGGGUUAUAAUAUAUAUUUUACACAUUUUAUUGUCACAACGAAAUAUUUUCAUACAUAACCAAGAUGUACCAAUCAAGGAAAGAAUGCUGUUAUGAAUUAAAAUGUUUACUUUGUAUUUACUAUGAGUGAAGGAGUGUUGUUAUCAUCGGCACUCGAGGAUAUUGAGCAAUCAAGAAAACAUGGCUCUGAGUCGCAGCUAUCUCUGGAGAAAAAUCAUCCAACUACUACGAUGGAUGGCAGUCAUCGGCAUCUUUGUUUAUUUGAUUCAUCCCGGCCGAUUCGCUUCGGAGACGUACCCACGCAUUUACAAAGAAGACAUUAAGAAGAAUCUAGUCCCUCAUCAAUUUGGACCGAAUCUAUGCAAUUUUAGCAUAUCUGACGAGGAUGAUGUUUUGCUGUACCCAACGUGGGCGGAGGAAGCUGACCUCGAGGCCGUGGAGAACGGGAAGUGGUCCCCAAAAGACUGCAAGGCUCAAUACGAGACAACAAUCAUUAUACCAUACAGGGACCGGCGCGAGCACCUGGAUACCUUCCUAAACUUCAUGCACGCGUUCCUACAGAGGCAAAUGAUCGACUACCACAUUGUAGUGGUCGAGCAGGUGGCCAACACCCCAUUCAACCGAGCCAAACUGUUUAACGUUGGAUUCGCCGAGUCUCUAAAGGCUGAUCGCCAAAGUGAGUGUUUCGUCUUCCACGACGUCGACCUGCUGCCCCAGAAGCUGUCCAACAUUUACGCCUGCUCAACCAAUCCCAGACACAUGACGGUCAGCGUGAACACGUUUCGAUACAAUUUGCCUUAUUCAAGUAUCUUUGGUGGUGCUGUCGCCAUUACGAAGGAGCAGUUCGAGUCUGUGAAUGGUUUUUCCAAUGUUUUUUACGGCUGGGGUGGCGAAGAUGACGACUUCCAUAACCGCAUUGUUGAACAGGGUAUGCAAAUUGACCGUUUUGAGCCUCCCGUGGCCCGUUAUUACAUGUUGAGCCACAAAAAGGAGGUGCCAAGCCAGUCUCGGCUCGAAAAACUCAAUUCUGGGGGAGACCGUUUUAAGUCUGAUGGGCUCAACAGUUUGAAUUAUGAGCUCAAGCAGAUGGUGUACCGAAAAUUAUACACAUGGUACUUGGUAGAUGUUUGAAAUAUUUCCUUAGGGCUAUUGUUUGGUGGGUACUUUUAUGAUUUCAAUCUAGUCCAAUUUACUAUUUUGGUUUUUAAUUUGCCCAUUUAACUCAAAAGUCACGAUUAAGGCACAAGUCAUUUAUAUUGUCAGUUUUUGUGCAAACUGAAGCAAUUUGAGUGAUUUUGGCAGCUACACAUCAAGCAUCACUUAUUUUAUAAGCCAUGCCGCUGGAACAAAUGAAAUGCAAAAUGCUGGAGAAUGGUUCACAUGCCGCAAUAAGCCUCAGCUAAAUCAUAGUUUCAUUCUCAAGUGUGUAAUUCUUCACUGGUUUGCGUGGGUGGUUGGAAACCAUGAGCACAGUUCCUCAAAUUUGUUAAUAUCUGCAUUGAAUGCAAAACCUUGUUGACUCCACACAAACACAUGCGUUACGCUUUAUGAAUUUUGGAAUGCUGCAUAUCCUAUUUCCAAUCGAGUCCCUUUUCUUGUCAACGACGUGUGUAUAUAUUUUUACAGAACGUUUGAAGUGGCAUAUUUACAGGGAAUAAAAUGACAUUAAUGUGAUCUCAUAUCAAUAACCGCUAAAAUUUUGUAAGUGCCGCAAAAAUUUGCAUGUAAAAUUGAAUGUAUACUAUGUGAUGCAUUCAAAUCAAAACCUAAAACGAUCAUAUAUGCUUCUAUUAAUUCUUUCUCUCAGUAAAUUUCGUCUGAGCAGCUAGUAAUAUUUUUCUGUGUACUGCUAUUUUUCAACUUAACAAAAACAAAAGUCAGACCACCAAGCAACUGAUAUGAUCAAAAUUUAACAUUUUUAUUACUAUUACUAUUACGCUUACUUUUCUUCAAUACUGUGCUAUAUAAAUAAUUGUAUCUUUAUAUUGUUAAAUCGUGUAUGCUGGCUGAUAUAAUGAACCAACAUUUUUCACUUUACGCGUUAUGUUUAAUUUUUAAUAAGAACAAUAAUUAACUGAUGUAAGAAAAUAUUUAACAAAUCCUAAUAGCCCAUUGAACGUUGUGCAGUUUGGAAACACGGGUGGAUUUUUUGGAUACACAUUUUGCUGCCUAUAAAGUUAAAAUAAUUAUAAGGGAUUACAUUUAUUGCAAAUAGAAAUCUAAAUGUUCAGUUUAAGGUAAGAAACUGUUUUUUCAAAUGAUUGAGUGAUUUAAUGCACAAUCAUCCAAAUAAAAUUGACGAGCUUAUCAACAAAAGAAA